CACAAACCCCUCUUCGAUCGGAUCGAUCUUCCUCUUUCAACAACAACAACAAUGGCUUCCUCUGUAACGCCAACACCAUUGUUGAAAGAUGAACUCGACAUCGUCAUUCCCACAAUCAGAAACCUCGAUUUCCUCGAGAUGUGGAGGCCAUUCUUCCAACCCUACCAUCUGAUCAUCGUACAAGAUGGCGAUCCUUCGAAAGUCAUCAAAGUACCCGAAGGUUUCGAUUAUGAACUCUACAAUCGUAAUGAUAUCAACAGAAUUCUCGGUCCUAAAUCUUCUUGCAUCUCCUUUAAGGAUUCUGCUUGUCGUUGCUUCGGUUAUAUGGUUUCCAAGAAGAAGUAUAUCUUCACCAUUGACGAUGAUUGCUUUGUUGCUAAAGAUCCAUCAGGAAAAGAUAUUAACGCACUCGAGCAACACAUUAAGAACCUCUUGUCUCCAUCGACUCCUCUUUUCUUCAACACCCUCUAUGAUCCAUAUAGAGAAGGUGCGGAUUUUGUUCGUGGAUACCCGUUCAGUCUUCGUGAGGGAGUGUCGACCGCCGUUUCUCACGGCCUCUGGCUUAACAUUCCCGAUUAUGAUGCCCCCACUCAACUUGUCAAGCCUCGUGAGAGGAACACUAGAUUCGUAGACGCAGUUAUGACGAUACCAAAGGGAACCCUCUUUCCCAUGUGUGGAAUGAAUCUUGCUUUUGACCGUGAGCUUAUCGGGCCAGCUAUGUACUUCGGUCUCAUGGGUGACGGUCAACCAAUCGGGCGCUACGACGACAUGUGGGCUGGAUGGUGCAUCAAGGUGAUCUGUGACCAUUUGGGGUUAGGCGUGAAGACGGGUUUGCCAUACAUUUGGCACAGCAAGGCUAGCAACCCGUUCGUUAACCUGAAGAAGGAAUACAAAGGUAUCUACUGGCAAGAGGAACUGAUCCCGUUCUUUCAAAGUGCCAACCUGCCGAAAGACUGCACCACGGUCCAGAGCUGCUACAAAGAGCUAUCGAAACAGGUGAAGGCUAAGCUCGGGAAAGUUGACGAUUAUUUCAACAAGUUAGCCGAUGCAAUGGUGACGUGGAUCGAAGCGUGGGAAGAGCUCAACCCAUCGGCUCCAAUUACGAAUGGGAAAUAGAGUGGUAGAUGUUAUUCAUAGUUUAUACAAGAUAGUUUAGCCCUGCUAUGGAGUUUGAGCUAUUCUUAUGAGUUUUAAGUGUUCUUUUUGAUUUCUUUUGAAGCAUGGAUUAUUGGGGAUGUUAGUUUUAUAAUAUAGUAUUUUAAUUAUUUUUUUUGC